AUUAUCUACAUGGAAAUGGUGGCCAACCUGCUGCAACGACUUAUCAAAGACUCGCACACCACGGUUGUUCGCUACGACAUUCACCACAACUUCCCCAGCUCCGCCAACAACUUCAUCGGUCGCGCCGCGCACAUUGCCGUGCUGGAUUCUGAGGUGCUGCUGGAGAAGUUCUUCUGCGUUUCUGCUGCCAAGUACUUCCGUACUGAUGUUGAUCUCGAUUGGUGA